AGCCCCUCACGGCCUUCCCCCCCCCCCCCCCAGAGAAGUCCAACCUGCUGAUCGUGCGGAGCAGCUGCCCCCGGCCCCCCAGCUCCCCCUCGGCCCCGCGCCGCAGCCCCAACCAGAUGACGUUCCACAAGAUCGACCCCGAGAGCCUCACGCGGGGCGAGAGCCUGGCCCAGGGCUCCUUCACCCACAUCUACAAGGGCGUGAAGCGGGACCAGAAGGAGGACGAGUUCUACCAGACCGAGGUGGUGCUCAAGGUGAUGGACAGCAGCCACCGCAACUGCUCCGAGUCCUUCCUGGAGGCCGCCAGCAUCAUGAGCCAGCUGUCCCACAAGCACCUGGUCCUGCUGCACGGGGUCAGCCUCGGGAAGGAGAGUAUCAUGGUGCAGGAGUACGUCAGGCACGGGCCCCUCGACCUCUACCUGAAGAAGAACCAAGGCGAGAGCAAGGUGACCACCAGCUGGAAGCUGCAGGUGGCCAAGCAGCUGGCGUAUGCCCUCAACUACUUGGAGGACAAAAGAAUCACCCACGGCAACGUCUCCGCCAAGAAGGUGCUGCUGACCCGGGAGGGGGACGUGGCCAAUGGCAGCCCCCCCUUCAUCAAGCUCAACGACCCCGGUGUCAGCGUCACCGUCCUGGCCAAGGACC